GAAAAAGAGAGAGCAUAAUCAAAGAGUUUCAACUCUUUGCAACAUUUGCGCUCACCGGACACGAAGUGUGUUGUGCUAAGUUCUGAGCGAGCCACAUAUCCGCGUGGACGAAUGGAGCAAAACAUUCACAACAAAACGGAUAACUUUGGCCCAACAGACGACGAAUCAUUACAAAUGCAGUUGCACACGGAGACGGUUGGUUGUCGGCUCGCAAAGAAAACGAAACGAAACGUGUGGCACCACGGCCACAACAACAGGAACGGUUAACGGCAAUUUUUUUAAAUGGAAAAGCAUGCAAUGCAAAUAUUGAAAGGCAACAAAAUUUAAUAUUACCAAAACAACAGCAAAAAAUAUAAACAGAAACAAAUGAAAAGAAAUAAAAUGUAACGCCAGAAUUGUUUUCCACCAAAAAAAGGAAAUAAAACCGAAAAAGAAAACAUUUCAAUCAACGACAAUAAAAAAAACACAAAAAUAAAUUACGAGAAAUAUUUUUAAGUGAACCAAAAAAAAAACAACAAAAAGAAAUUCAAUGCAUUUAUUUCUAUAACAACUUAAAAAAAAUAUUGAAAAGCAAAGCAAUUUAACAUAUCAAAAAUAAAAAUAAAAUUAUUUAAAAAAUAAAAAAAAAAAAUAUCGUCAAACGUCAAUGGAAAUUAUUUUAAACAGAAUUUUAGUUAUAUUACAAACCAAAAGCUAAUUGAAAACGAUAAAUUAUUUUUAAAUACAUUACAACAAGUGUUCAAAAGUGAAACGUGGGACGAGAGCGCGCAACACCCUCUGACAUUAGCAUAAUAGCAUCGACACAGUCACCCAGCCAGUCAGUCAGCCAACAUGAAUUCCAAAGUGGGCUCGUUAGAGGAAAAAGUCAAACUGCCGCCUACGGAAACAAUUAGUCGCUGCUAUCAGCCGCAGGGCAAUCGUAAGGUCAUUCGCAUCUUAACGGUUGCCGUCUAUGUGCUGUGCGUCUCGUUGGCCGCCAUUAUGCUGUCGCUGUAUUAUAUAUUCAUAUGGGAUCCGACGAUACGCCCAUUUGUGACCAAAGGCAAUAAUUGUGACAAAAUUGUGAUACCCGAAAAAAUUGCCAUUCGUCUCAUCAACUCAUCUGAAGUUACCGCCGAACAAUUCUACAGACACAUACUCGAACAGUAUCGUAUUCUCAAUCAGCUGCAACAGCAGCGACAACAAUUUCUACAAAAACAACACAUACAACUGCAACAGAUGGCAGCUGGCAAUAAAUUCCAAGAGAUUUUCGCCACUGCAACAAUAAUCCAAUCGAAUCCCAAGGAUCGCAUCAAUAAACCGGUUUCGCCGACCAAUGGAACAUUCCUGUUGGACCCGGCACGUCAGCCUGUGGCACCUCCCCUCAUCGAACCGGAUCGUAUCCCUUUGGGUAUUGAGGAACAAGUAGCAGAGGAUUUGAGGCCCGUUGAAACCCUACCGAUUCUGGAUACCGCCCCCGUAGUCUAUGGCAAACGUAAAUCACAUCGCAAACACUAUCAGCAUCAUCGACGUAAUCAACGAAAUCACCAGAAAAAGGAAAUGCUAGAGGAGGGUGGUGUUGGGGAAAUGAUGCCAGAGGUGGAAAAGGUUACCGAGGAGAAAUACAAAGAGGCAGCCCUCAAUCCACCCACAUCCAUUGUACAGGAACCGGUCUAUACCUCGAUACCGAUCCCAUUGAUUUUGAAUUCCAAAGAAGAUAAGCGACCCUAUCACACGCACGGCCACAGUCACGGUCAUGCGGAGAAGCGAACCAAAGCGUUGGCGAGAAAACGCAUUACAGCACCCUCGGUUUCCGGUUAUGAAACAAAGUCCUAUUUGAAUCCAUUUCUGAACGGUGAAUUGAUAUUUGAAAAGUAAAUGUGGAUAGGUGGGAGGUAGAAGGAGACACACGCAGCAAGAACAAACUAAUGAAAAGUAACAGAAAAACCAGCCAAAUUAGUAGUUUUUAGAGAAUACAACAAAAAAGCAAAACAAAACAAACACAAGGGGAAAUGGGAUUGAAAAAUGGAUUUGAUAACGAAAGAAAAGAAACUAUUAAAGAAUUGAGGGCAAACAACUAUUUAGAAAAUGGAACACAAUAAUUGAUCAAAGACAUUUCACCACAACAACAACAAAACCAAAAAAACAAAACAACAAACUCAACUCCGACCUUAAUAAUGAAACGAAACACAUGGAACUUAGGAAACAACAAAACCAAAAAAAGCCAUAUCACUCACGCCAAUCCAAAAUACGAAAAAAAAAAAACGCCAGAGAGACACACACCCACACCUUAGUAACUAUCAGCUACAAAACACACACACACACACAGAUAUUUGUAAUAUGAAAAUAAAAGAAGAAAACAAACAACCGGAGCCGUAACCGGAACCAAAAAAAAAACUGAAAUCAAAUUCCAAAGGACAACAAAUAAUCCUGGAGGUGAAAAAAUAUUGAGUUUAUUUGAGGUAUUGGAAAUGGAAAUAAAAUUUAAGAUUUGGAAAAAAUGUUUUCUUUGAGGAAAGGGGUUUAUUUUUUAGAGAAAAAAAUCAUAUUAUCUAUGGAAAAGAUUACUCCAUAAUAUGAAAAAAAUUAACCAAUAAUUUCUUCUAUAGACAAAAAGUUAUCCGAUAAUGUCUUCUAUAGACCCAAAGUUACCCGAUAACUUUGUCUAUAGAUAAAGGUUUAUCAGAUAGCUUUGUACAUAGACACACAUUUAUCUGAUAACUUUUUCUAAAGACA